GGUAAGCCCAACGUGUGUGGCAUCGUUCAUUGCACAAAAUCGAGUUUUGGAAGACAUUUUAGUGAUCCGUAGUGGGGUAGGUGAUAGACCGAUAAUUAUACAUGUUUUUAUCCCUAUUCUGAGGCCGUUUGUGACGAGGAAUCUCGUGUUUUAAGCCGAUUUCACGCUAGGUUGUGUGUUUAUGUCAUAUUUCAGGUCCCGGCGUUGGAAUCGAGGCGGAGAAACGAGUUCUGGGUCGAAAGGAGCAAAGUUGGGACGGAUAGGGCUGAAGGAGGAAAAUACCCGGUCAGGUGGCCAAAUACCCGACCGGGUAUUCACCACUUUUGGGCGCCCGAGAAGCAGAGAGGGGCCCGGGCACAGCAGCAAAAUCCCCGGUCGGGGAUUAUGGCGAUUGACCGGGGAUUCUUCCCUUAAGCGAAAC